UUCUUGCUUGCUGUUCUAAGACUCUAGAAUUGUCUUUGCAUGAACUCAGUGUGGCAGCUCAUCCCAAGAGUGACAAUGGACGUAGCAACGAGCGAGAAGCGCCUGCCACUGCUGAACCCGGCCCCACUCGCCGCCCCUCAUAACAAGACAUCCGAGCGCAAGACGGCCAAGCGCGUGUCCUGUUUGAGCACAACGGUCGAAAAGGAUCAGAAAUUGUCGUUCGCCGUCACCGAGCUUUCUGGCGAGCUCCUGAAGCUCUCCCAAACCCAGGCAAGCGCCUUCGAAGCCAAGACCUCCGUCACCAGAGCUGCCAAUAGCGCCCGUGAUGCCGCAAAUGCUUUUCUGGUUGCCUGGCACUCUGGUCCUUCAGUCAUGCUCGAAUGUUAUUCCAAAUAUCCUGUUGAAGGAAGAACAGAAUCUCGCGACAAGAAGAAGCGGAAAUUAUCGGAGCUUUUUGGCGAAGACCGCGAUGAGGAAGCAGUACGACUGAAACAUCCUAAGAAGGAUGACAGCAAAUCUGCAGACAAGGGAAAGUGUGUCAAGAAUAACACGCGUAACAAAUCCUACAGAAACUUAACAUCUUCAUCGAGGCGACCAGCAUCGCCAACAAAACAAGAAAUCUUGCGCGCGGUCUUCGGCAAAAGAAUUAAUACCAGCGCGGCUUCACAGACCGUUAGUUCAACAGCGAGAACUGCACCCGCCCUUCCCCCUAUUCUGCCAUCCACUCCUGCGUGGGUCUACCUUCCUCCUCCCGUGCCAAAAGCAUCCCCGGUGCAAGUUGCCGCCCCAGAGCAGAUUUCAGCCUCUGUGGUUCCUCCUCCUAUUCCUUGCAUUGUUCAUGACAACAGCUCGUCAAACUCCUCUAGUUCGUCCAACACGGCCAGCUCCUCUGGUUCUUCCUCUUCGUCUCGCUCGUCUUCCUCUUCGUCUCGCUCGUCAUCCUCUUCGUCGCGCUCUUCAUCCUCUUCGUCGCGCUCGUCUUCCUCUUCGUCUCGCUCGUCUUCCUCGUCGUCUCGCUCGUCUUCCUCGUCGUCUCGCUCGUCUUCCACUUCGUCGCGCUCGUCUUCCUCGUCUCGCUCCUCUAGCUCGUCCAGCUCCUCUAGCUCGUCCAGCUCCUCUAGCUCGUCCAGCUCCUCUAGCUCGUCUAGCUCCUCUAGCUCGUCCAGCUCUUCGAGUUCUGUUUCAUGUCGUUCAGUUUGCCCUCCCAGCGGUACAAGGAUCGCAUCCGAUAUUGACGAGAUGAAGGACACGGACCUCAGCGAUGACGAUAACUGGGACAGUGAGGAAGAACGGCUUUUUGAAGAGGGUAAGGCCUACGUGGCAUGCACCACAAUGCCGAACGGCGACAAACUUUACCCUGACCACCCUGACUGGCCUUGGAAUAGAGGUCGCGUAUUUUACCUACGCAAAUGCCAGCCACCCAUGAAAAGGCUGGCAUUCGACGUGUUUGUAGGGGCGCUGCGAGCGCGCCAGUCGGGCACAUUAGGCACAGAGGCGCUAAGCUGCGUCAAUGACUGCCUCUUGGCCGGCGGAGUGACUGAUU